GGGGCCGGAGCCCGCGUGUGCCCGCGGUUCCGGCGCGAUGCCCAAGGCCCGGCGCGCUCGGGGCUCCGCGCCCGCCGCGGCGCUGCCCUUGGCCGAGCAGAUCCUGCAGGACGCGGCGCCGCGGGCUCGGGCCCGGCGCGGGGGGCCCGGCGGGGCGGACGAGCCGGGGGAUGGCGGCACCGACGAGUUCGUGGACGCGCGGCUGUCCCGGCGCAUCCUGGAGCAGGCGAGGCGGCAGCAGGAGGAGCUGGACGCCGAGCACGGCCCCGGAGCGCCCGCAGCGCCCCGGCAGCGCGCUGCGGUUCUCGGGCCCGGCUCGGACUCGGAGGAGGAUGAGGAGUGGCCCUCGCUGGAGAAGGCGGCGGCGGCCGCGGGACGGAGCGGGGACUACGGCGGGGAGGUGGAGGUGGAUCCCGAGGACGAGAAAGCCAUCGAGAUGUUCAUGAACAAGAACCCGCCGCUCAGGCGCACCCUGGCCGAUAUCAUCAUGGAGAAGCUCACGGAGAAGCAGACAGAAGUGCAGACGGCGCUGUCGGAGCUCUCGGGCUGCCCCAUGCCCCAGCUCGACCCCCGUGUCCUGGAGGUCUACAGGGGUGUCAGGGAGGUGCUGUCCAAGUACAGGAGUGGGAAGCUGCCCAAGGCAUUUAAAAUCAUUCCUGCCUUGUCCAACUGGGAGCAGAUCCUCUACAUCACUGAGCCAGAGACCUGGACAGCAGCUGCCAUGUACCAGGCCACCAGGAUAUUUUCCUCCAACCUGAAGGAGAGGAUGGCCCAGCGCUUCUACAACCUGGUGCUGCUGCCGCGGGUGCGGGACGACAUCGCCGAGUACAAGCGGCUCAACUUCCACCUGUACAUGGCUCUGAAGAAGGCUCUGUUCAAGCCAGCAGCCUGGUUCAAGGGGAUCCUCAUCCCGCUCUGUGAGUCGGGCACCUGCACGCUCAGGGAGGCCAUCAUCAUCGGCAGCAUCCUCAGCAAGUGCUCCAUCCCCGUGCUGCACUCCAGCGCAGCGCUGCUGAAGCUGGCAGAGAUGCAGUACAGCGGCGCCAACAGCAUCUUCCUGCGCCUGCUGCUGGACAAGCGCUACGCGCUGCCGUUCCGCGUGCUGGACGCGCUCGUCUUCCACUUCCUGGCCUUCCGCGGGGAGCAGCGGCUGCUGCCCGUGCUGUGGCACCAGAGCCUGCUGGCCCUGGCCCAGCGCUACAAGGAGGAUCUGUCCUCGGAGCAGAAGGAGGCGCUGCUGGAGCUGCUCAAGUUCCACAGCCACCCCCAGAUCUCCCCCGAGAUCCGCAGGGAGCUGAUGAACUCCAGGACCAGGGACGUGGAAGGGGAGCAGCCAGUGGGCAUGGAGUGAGCAGGGAAAGGCUGGGUGGAGGCUGGGGUGCUGCUGGGAGCCUGGAGAGGAGCAUCCAUCCCGGAUAGGAGCAUCCAAUCUGGAGCAGGGGCAUCCAAUCUGGAUCAGGAACAUCCUUCCUGGAGCAGGAGAACCUGUCCCAAAUCAGGAGCAUCCAUCCUGGAUAGGAGCACCUGUCCCGGAUCAGGAACAUCCAUCCCAGAUCAGGAGCACCUGUCCCGGAUCAGGAACAUCCAUCCCAGAUCAGGAGCACCUGUCCCGGAUCAGGAACAUCCAUCCCAGAUCAGGAGCACCUGUCCCAGAUCAGGAACAUCCAUCCCAGAUCAGGAGCACCUGUCCCGGAUCAGGAACAUCCAUCCCAGAUCAGGAGCACCUGUCCCGGAUCAGGAGCAUCUAUCCUGGAUCAGGAACAUCCAUCCCAGAUCAGGAGCACCUGUCCCGGAUCAGGAGCAUCCAUCCCAGAUCAGGAACAUCCAUCCCAGAUCAGGAACAUCCAUCCCAGAUCAGGAGCAUCUAUCCUGGAUCAGGAGCACCUGUCCCGGAUCAGGAACAUCCAUCCCAGGUCAGGAGCACCUGUCCUGGAUCAGGAACAUCCAUCCCAGAUCAGGAGCACCUGUCCCGGAUCAGGAACAUCCAUCCCAGAUCAGGAGCACCCAUCCUGGAUCCUGCUGCUCCAGAACAGACUGUGCCUGAUGUGAGCCCUGUGCUGCUGUCACUGUCACUGUGCUGCCCUGUCCCACCAGCACUGGGACCCUUUGGUGUGUUCCUGCACUCAGAAAUAAAACCAGAGCCGUGUUGCUCA